CUUUCCAUCUAAAAGAAACAGAAAAGAAACGAAAAGAAGGGGAUAAUUAUUGAAAGGAUUAAAAUGGCUGGCAUUAACCUGCCCCGUUUCUCUCUCUCACCAAAGUCAGGAUCAAAAUCAAGAAUAGAAAUGCUCUUCAAUUCUCUGUCUCCUUCAGUGAAACCAAUCUUGUAUCCUCUGGAAAUAUGCAACAGACAAGAUAGACUUUUCUUGUUCCCAAAACCUGCUACCCCAUCACAAAAACUUCUUUCCACAGGAGUGUCUCCUAUAGCUUGCGCAAAACUGCCUAGUAAUUUUAAAACACAGAGGCAUUUUGUGUUAGUCCAUGGAGCCUGCCAUGGAGCAUGGUGUUGGUAUAAAGUAUCGGCUCAGCUAAAAUCUGCAGGUCAUAAUGUUACAGCUUUGGACAUGGCUGCAUCAGGGGUACAUCCAAAGCAAGUUCAUGAGCUCCAUUCAUUUGAGGACUAUUUUGAGCCCUUGAUGGAAUUCAUGGAGUCUUUGCCACCAGAGGAGAGGGUGGUUCUAGUGGGACACAGCAUGAGUGGGAUAUGCAUUUCUGUUGCUAUGGAAAGGUUUCCAGAGAAAAUUUCAGCUGCUGUUUUUGCUGCAGCUGUUAUGCCUGGUCCUGACUUAAGCUUCAAAGCAAUAGCAGAGAAGUCUUCUCAAACAUCAGUGUCCUACAUGGAUACACAAUAUGUGUUUGGUAAUGGCCCUGGCAACCCUCCAACUGCCGUAGUCCUUGGUCCCAACUACAUGGCCUCCAGGUUCUACCACCUUUCCCCACCUGAGGAUUUGACGCUAGCUACAUUGUUGGUUAGACCUUUCCCUAUCUACAGUAGUUUAGAAACUGAAAAGGCUGUAAUUGUCACCAAGGAGAAAUAUGGAUCUGUUCGUCGACUUUACAUAGUAUGUGACCAAGAAAAAGAUCCUAGGCAAACAUGGAUGAUUGAAAACAAUCCCGUGGAUGAAGUGAUGGUCAUCUCUGGUUCUGAUCACAUGGCCAUGUUUUCUAAACCACAAGAGCUCUGCUCUUGUCUCCUGGAGAUUGGCGAUAAAUACUUGUAAAUAUUUUCUGUGAACUCAUUGCAGAUUGGAAGUAAUGCACAACAGAGGAGAGAAGAAAUAGGCAGCAACAUACUUUGGGUUUUAAUUAGAAUUACUUGGAAACACCAUCGAUUUUCUUAAUUCAUUUGAUGCAUUAAAUUGACCAUGUUUCUUGGUGUUCAUCUCUUCUAUGUUGCUUAAAGUGCAAUGCAACUUCUUCUAGUUUAUAUCA